AUGUCCACCACCUUCACCCCAGUCAACACUAACCCCGGUCACAAGAACAACACUGCUCCAAAGACCCCUACCAAGAAAACCAACGUGGCAAUGACCCCCAAAACCCCAACUCCCAACACCAAAAAUCGCCUCACCCCAUCCUCUCCCACCACCAACACCACCAGUCCCAACAACAAACGCACUAAAGCUCGCACCCCCCUCCCACCCAUCCCAACGACCCUCGCCUCCGCCAGCGCCUCCGAUCUCCUCAUCCUCCGUCUUCGGGACGAGUCCUCCACCCCCUGGACGGCCAUCAACCAGGCAUGGACGGACUUGACGGGGAUCAGUGUGGGCGGGUCGACCCUCCGAGCGAGGUAUAAUACCAUGAAGAAGAAUUUUGUGGUCGUGGAUCCGGGUGAUGAAGCAAAGAUCCUCCAAGCUAAGAAAGACAUCGAGGGACGAUUGGAGACGGAGAAGUGGAGAUUGAUUGCUGAGGAGGUGGGAAAGGCUGGUGGGGGAACUUAUCCUGGGGAGUGUUUGAGGAAGUAUGUGAGGGAGAUGGAGAAGGGGAUGAAGGGGGGUGCUGCUGUUGCUACUGCUGCUGCUAAUGGUGGUGAUCAGGGUGAGGAGGAUGUUGAUGAUGAUGACGAUGUGAAGAUGGAGGCUGAGGAGGAUUAG